AUGGAUGGAGUUGAGUUAACUGGGAAAGCUGGGGAGUUCGGGAGCGGCGCGCAAAACUCCAAAGCGGAGUCGGAGAGCGCGGGGUUUGAGAAAGUGCGCAAAAAAGAAACAGACGCGCCUUUUACAAGGAGAAAAAGAAGCGCAUCGGGUCGUGGAGAAUUUGGCUUAAAUGCAAGGAGUUCGGAUUCCCCUGAGUCCUCAGAAUCCCUGCUGCUGGACGGGCAGAAACUAAGGCGCAACCGCGAGGAUGCAAAAGUGCCCAAUUCCAGAUCAGAAGAGCCGAGAGCGAGCAGCAGCACUUUCGCCUUGGCUGGAGACUACGCGCAUAACCAUGCGUCUGUUUACUGGACCGGUCAGAACAGCAGCGUGAUUUUGAUUUUGACCAAGCUGUAUGACUUCCACUUGGGCAGUGUGACAGAGAGUUCCCUAUGGAGAUCAACAGAUUAUGGCACCACCUAUGAAAGACUGAAUGACAAAGUUGGAGUGAAGACUGUACUGAGUUACCUGUACGUCUGUCCCACCAAUCCAAGAAAAGUGAUGGUCUUGACGGACCCAGAAUUUGAAAGCAGUGUCCUCAUCAGCUCGGAUGAAGGUGCCAACUACCAGAAAUACCGUCUCAGUUUCUUUGUCUUGAGUCUGCUUUUCCACCCUUCCCAGGAGGACUGGGCUCUGGCCUACAGCCACGACCAAAAGCUCUACAGCUCAUUUGAUUUUGGACGAAAAUGGCAGCUUGUUCACGAGAGAGUGACCCCCAACCGUUUUUACUGGUCUGUAAGUGGCUUGGAUAAAGAGAACGAUCUGGUUCACAUGGAGGCGUACAAUCCUGAUGGACAAUGUCGGUACAUGACAUGUAGAGCUCAGGCUUGUUUUGAAUCCAGCAGGACAUAUCCGUUCCCCGGCUACAUCGAGCCCAACUCGCUGGUGGUUCAGGAUAGCUACAUAGUCAUUCAGGUCACCCUGGCUGGGAGAGCAUCUUACUAUGUGUCUUACCUGAGGGAAACUUUUAUGCGCAUCAAGCUACCUAAAUAUUCCCUGCCAAAAGACAUGCACAUUCUGAGCACAGAUCAGGGUCAGGUUUUUGCUGCCGUCCAAGAAUGGAACCAGAACGACACCUACAACUUGUACAUUUCCGAUCCACGCGGCAUUUACUUUACGCUGGCUCUGGAAAAUGUCAAAACCACCCGAGGACUUGGGGGCAACAGUAUGAUUGACCUGUAUGAGGUUGCAGGAAUCAAAGGCAUGCUGAUCGCGAAUAGAAAAGUGGAGAAUCAGGUGAAGACCUACAUCACGUACAACAAGGGCAGAGACUGGAGGCUGCUGCAAGCGCCUGCUACGGACCUUGAAGGAAAUGAGAUUUACUGCGUGCUGCCAUUUUGCUCGCUGCACCUACAACUCCAAAUGUCAGAAAACCCCUACGUUUCUGGGAACAUAAUGACUAAAAAGACUGUGCCAGGAGUGAUCGUUGCUACAGGCAAUAUUGGCUCAGAACUCUCCUACAAUAAUGUAGGCAUGUUUAUAUCAUCAGAUGCUGGAAACACGUGGAGACAGAUAUUUGAUGAGGAGCACAACAUUUGGUUCCUGGAUAGAGGAGGAACUCUACUUGCAGUUAAGCAGCCUACAGUUCCCACAAGACAUGUAUGGAUUAGCAUCGAUGAGGGGAGACAGUGGACACAUCAUAGUUUUUCAGCCACACCCUUGUUUGUGGACGGUGUUCUGGCUGAAUCAGGCAUGGAGAAACAGAUACUGACAUUUUUUGGACACUUCAGUGAUCGGUCUGAGUGGCAGUUGAUCAAAAUCGACUACAAGUCUCUGUUUACCAAACGCUGCACAGAAGGAGACUACCAAACAUGGCACUUGCAUAAUCAGGGUGAGCCAUGUGUAAUGGGCCAGAAGCAGAUCUUCCUCAAGCGCCGCCCAGGCAACUACUGCAUGAUCGGAAAGGAUUUUUCUAGGAUCUUGUCUUCUGAGCCCUGUAUCUGCAGAGCUCAUGACUUUGAGUGUGAUUACGGCUUUGAGCGAAGAGCAGAUGGGAACUGUUUGACUGCAUUCUGGUUCAACCCAGUCACUGUGUCUCGGGGCUGCAGUCAUGGCCAGAACUACCUCAACAGCACAGGGUAUCGCAAAGUAGCAGCAAAUAACUGCACCAAGGGCGUGAAGGAAUUGUACACUGCCAGAAAGCAGCAGUGUCCCAAUCGUCCCCCACGAGGACUGCACCUGACAACCCGGGAUAACACACUUACAGCCAAGCUGGGCACCAAUGUCACCUUUCUGGUACAGCUGGAAGAGGGGGAUUCGCUGAGGACAAAUAUCCAGUUGGACUUUGGGGAUGGAAUAGCAGUGUCCUACUCGAACCUUAGCUGGACAGAGGAAGGGAUCAGAUACGUGUAUCGCAGCACUGGAAUCUUCCGGGUCACUGCGGUAGCUGAGAACAGUCUAGGAUCUGAUACCAACGUGCUGUACCUACACAUCAUAUCUUCAGUCGAGCAGGUUCAGUUGCUGUCUCCGUUCGUCGUCAUUAAGAACAAGGAGGUGAACUUGACUGCAGUGGUCUGGCCUUCACACUCUCGAACUCUCACCUACUUCUGGUGGCUGGGGAACAACACAGAGCCGAUAAUAACUUUAGAAGGCAGUAUAUCAUACACGUUCUCAGUGGAGGGGAUACACACGGUUACGGUGCAGGUGUCAUCCUCAAACUCCGUCCUUCAGGACACCAAGUCCAUUGUUGUGCAAGAAUUCUUCAAAUCCCUGCUUUUAUCUUUUUCCCCGAAUCUUGAUGAGGCCAACCCUGACAUUCCGGAGUGGAGGCAGGAUGUAAGCAGGAUAAUUAAAAAGGCUGUGCUGCAAGUUGCUGAUAUUCCUGCUGAGCAACUCCUUGUGGCAGUAUUUCCAGGAAUUCCUACAGCUGCUGAACUCUUCUUACUUCCCAGCAAAAACCAGACAGACAGCAGAAAAGGAAAUGAGGAGGAUUUGGGCCAGAUCUCCGAAAUCCUGGUUAGUGCAAUGAACCAGAAUUUGGUCGAAUUUGAGCUGAAACCUGGAUCUGGAGUCGUCGUGUACAUCACACAGUUAACUUUAGCUCCACUGGUGGACUCCAUUCCCAGACACAGCAGUUCUGCUAUGCUGAUGCUUCUCUCAGUGGUGUUCCUGGGCUUAGCUGUCUUUCUUAUCUACAAAUUCAAAAGAAAAAUUCCCUGGAUUAAUAUAUAUGCUGAGGUGAACCAUGAGAAAGAGCAGGAGAUGAUCGGCACAGUGGAACAGAAUGACACCACACCCAAAAUUAAGCUCAGUGAAUUUUCCAGCCCCAAGGAGCUGAUGGACAAGGACUUGGAAGUUCGUGUUAAACGUGGAAUGAUCAAUACCUGUGAAAGCACAAGAGAGAUCCCCAACUGUACAAGUGUCUAAACGAGCCGACAAAAACCCACCGUAUGGAAGUGCAAUGUAAUGAAGUGUACAGUGUUGC